CUUCAAAAUCAGAACUUUUUAUUUUUCCCCCAAACUUUUUUUUCAAAAUCCUAAAUUAUUUUACCCUAAGAUUUUGCCGAUGUCAGCUUCAACGAAUCGCCGCCGGCUAAAAGAUAUAAACACCGGCGCCGGAGAAAAUCCAUCUUCUGGUAAAAAACCAUCAAGGUCUGUAACUCCACUUCCGAUCUCAAGCAAAAAUCCAAGUCCCGCUCUACAGAAAUCAUUAUCCAGCAAAGAGAAUCCGAAUCCGAAGCUUAGUCACCGGUCAUUUGGAUCGACUCAGAAGCCAGUGCUUCGUCCUGUUCCGCGUAUCGAUAAGUCCGCCGUGAGAGGUGUUGGUGAUGGUAGCGAGGGUAGGGUUACGCGAUCCACGUCUUCUGGUUUGCGAGGUAGGAGUUCUAGUCCAUCUGAUUUGAUUAGGGUUUUCUCGGAUUUGAGAAAGAGAAAUGAAUCUAGGGUUAUUGGGGAAAAGGGUGAAUCAGAUCAGGAUAAGAAAUCUGGGUUCAAGAGUUCUGGAUUCAAACAGGUUACGAGUGAAAUUAAGGUUGAGCCAAGUAGGGUUUGUGAGAAAACAGAUGAAGAAAGUAUUGUUCCAGUGAAAUCAAGCAAAUUUGAAGGUUCUAGCGUGGCCAGAAAUUCAAUUUCUGAUCCAAAGGAACAUGCUUUGGUUGGUUCUGGAGAGAAAUCUGCUGUUGUUUUGAAAUCUGAUUGUAAAAUUGAAAAGAUUGGGAAAGGUACUAGUGUAGCUUUAAGAAGGAAGUCUUUGGAUAAUGGUGGGAAGGCAAUGGAGGUGUCAAAGGAGAUUAGAGGGAAUGAAGGAAGCAGCAAUAGCGCUGCUAAGUAUCCGAGUAAGCUGCAUGAGAAGCUUGCUUUUCUUGAAGGAAAGGUUAAGAAAAUUGCGUCAGAUAUCAAGAAGACAAAGGACAUGCUGGAUUUGAACAAUCCGGAUUCAUCAAAGGUUAUAAUCUCUGAUAUACAGCAGAAGAUCACAGGGAUUGAAAAGUCUAUGAGUCAUGUUAUUGAUGGUCCAGAGAAAAACAAAACUACUCAAGUGACGAAAGCAAAAACUUUGGUUAAAGGAUUAAAUAAGGAAGAGUUGGAAGACAGACUCUUUCCUCACCAGAGGUUGCUAAGGAGCAGAACUCAGUCCAAAACAUCUUCACAUGUCUCAAAAGGCCAUGAUUCUGUUGAGCCCAACAAGGCAGUUAAUGUUGAAGAAAAGCCCUCAGCUCCUGUUGAGGAGAAUGUGAUAGCUCUAGAGUUCCUUGCCUCACUUGAUAAGGAAAAAGUCACAUUUAUGAGUGAUCAGAAUGCGCUGGAAAAUCUGGAAGUGCAGGAGAUGGAUACAGAGGAGCCGUCAAAGGAAAAUGAUGUUUCAAAAGAUGUCAAUCUGACUUCCAACUUAAAUGAAAUUCUCAGAGCAAACGAAGCCCUUGAGGAAAUUGAUGAUGAAGAGAAUAGAGAGGAGAUGGAGCUAGAAGAGAUAGAUGAGGGAUGCAUGUAUCAACUCAAUGACAUUGGGUCCAGAACUUCUACAGGAGGAUGGUUUGUAUCAGAGGGCGAGGCAGUUAUACUUGCUCAUGAUGAUGGCUCAUGCUCCUAUUAUGAUGUCGCUAACUCUGAGGUGAAAUCUGUGUACAGUCCUCCAGAUGGUAUCUCACCAAAUACAUGGAGAGAUUGCUGGGUAGUUCGUGCACCGGGUGCAGAUGGCUGUUCAGGCAGAUAUGUCGUAGCUGCUUCUGCUGGGAAUACCUUAGAGUCUGGCUUCUGUUCAUGGGAUUUCUACACGAAAGACAUUAAGGCACUACACAUCGAGGACGGAUCUUCAAGAGUUUCAAGAACCGCUCUUGCUCCUCUACCCAAUAACACAUCACAUGGUAGGAACACUCCGGCUUGUGCAGUGGUACCAGAAACUCAACAAUGGUGGUACAGACCGUGUGGUCCUCUUAUAGCCUCAACCGGUAGUUUCCAAAGUGUAGUUAAGGUUUUUGACAUACGAGAUGGGGAGCAAAUCAUGAGAUGGGAGGUGCAGGAUCCUGUGUCAGCUUUAGAUUAUUCGAGCCCUUUACAAUGGAGGAAUCGAGGAAAACUUGUUAUAGCAGAAUCUGAAGCAAUUUCUGUUUGGGAUGUCAAUUCCCUUCACCCUGAAGCACAGCAUACCAUUUCCUCUUCAGGGCGAAAAAUCUCGGCUUUUCAUAUCAAUAACACAGAUGCUGAAGUUGGAGGAGGUGUUCGCCAAAGAGUAAGUUCCUUGGAUGCUGAAGGCAACGAUGGAGUUUUCUGCACUAGUGAUUCAAUCAACAUCUUAGAUUUUCGUAACCCAUCUGGCAUUGGUGCUAAAAUCCCCAAACUCGGUGUUAAUGCUCAAUGUGUAUCAUCUCGAGGAGAUUCAGUGUUUCUAGGAUGUACCAAUCAGAAAUCAACUGCUAAGAAACAUAUGGCUUCUUCAUCUCAGGUGCAGCAAUUCUCCAUAAGGAAACAGCGUCUCGUGAGCACAUACAGUCUGCCUGACUCUAACUCUCAUCCGCACCACUCUGCAAUAACCCAAGUCUGGGGAAAUUCAAAUUUUGUCAUGGCUACUUCUGGUAUGGGACUAUUCGUGUUUGAUACCGCAAAAGAAGAGACCUUGCAACAACAGCCUUUGACAAGUGAGCGUGGAAGCGUUCAAACAGUAAGAGAGAUUAUCGGUCCAAACGAUCUGUAUUGCCCGUCAUUUGAUUACUCAGGUUGUCGUGUACUCCUCAUCUCAAGAGACCGCCCUGCUUUAUGGAGAUACCUCUUAUAGGUAAAUUUUUCAGAUGAGUAAAAUCAAGCUAAAGAUGGUGUUCCCACGAGACCUAUUUAGCAAGUGUUAAGCACACCUUGUGCUGCUUCUCUUGUGUUGUGUUCAUACUUUUGCUCUCUGUUACCAACUUUGAUAGUUUUCUGAAUUCUCCUUUCAUGCUAUUUGCUUAUUUGGCUUUACUCUGUACAUACUUGUGGUGUUUUGAUCAAUUUAAUAGGUUUUCUUAUUA